AAAACAGAGGAGCCCGUACGUCAUCUUUCAAACUCCAGCGCAGGACGAGCGAUCAUGCAAAGUCAGACCUGAACAAGGCUUCCAGUGUGCCCUCUGCACACGUACAAACGUUUUUUGCAAAAGUGAACCAUGGAAAACUCGGGCAGGCCUUACCGGGCGCGGCAAGGCGGCAGGGAGAGGGGAGCAGGAACGGAGAGGGGAGCAGGAACGGGAGCAGGAACGGAGAGGGGAGCUGGAACGGAGAGGGCAGAAGGCUGGAGGGCCCAGGACCAGGGUCGAGGACAGAGCUACAGAUCAGAGGGAGGACAGCAGGGCAAGAACCAAGGCGGGCCCUACCGGGCUAGUCCCAAGAAGGGAGGGCUUGGACCCCUGAGCUACUCCCCCGGUGGUUUCAGAGGUGGUCACAGCCCCUUGCAGAAGGAUGACUCCCGGUGGUUCUUGGGUCCUGAGAACAGUGGUGGGGGUCGAGAAGAUGCCUGGAGAGAGCGCUCGCAGUGGAAGAGGAGUUCACCGGGAGAAGGGCCAAAGGAGGACAGGGAGCAAGGGGGGAGAGAGGACACUGAUGGCAAUGCUCACAAAUCAGGGAGACGACGGAGAUACCGAAACAAGAAUAGAGCUUAUGCCGAGGACAACAGGGGCCCAGUGAUCGAAGAGUCCACGCUCUCGGCCCAAGAGCUACAAAGCCUACGGCAAGCAGAGAGGCGGCUUAACAGAGAAGAGAUCUACACCCUGAAAAAGAGGUCCCACAACAACCCCGAUGCCCUUUACACCUGCGCUCUGUGCGACGUCCUGCUGGAUUCCGUGUCGGACGCCUACAGACACAUCCGAGACAAACGGCACAAGAAGAGAGCCAGGGAGAGGCAGGAGCAGGUGAUGCUGACGGAGAUCCUGCCCCCCGGCCCGGAGCACACUGCCGCAGUGAGCGCUGCGCUGGAGGCCGUCGUCCUGGAACACGGGAUGAGUGACCAGGACGUUGCGACGAGACAAAAUGUUGUCCUCAUGAUGCAAGACCUCCUUCUGUCCGUCCUGCCUGAGGUCAGGCUCAGGCUUUAUGGAUCGUCUUGCACUAAGUUUGGAUUUAAAGAUUCUGACGUCAACAUUGACAUUCAGUAUCCACCUCACAUGCAUCAGCCAGAUGUCUUGUUGUUGGUCAAGGAGAGCCUCUCCGUGAGCCCUAUUUUUGUCGAAAUGGAAGCUGAUUUUCAUGCCAGGGUGCCUGUGGUAAUCUGCAAAGAGAUAAAGAGCGGCCUGGUGUGCAAAGUGAGUGCCGGGAAUGAAAACGCAUUCCAAACCACCUCCUAUCUCUCUGCUCUGUCCGGUCGGGAGGAUCUCCUCCUCCCGCUGGUUUUGGGUCUCAGACGCUGGGCCCAGAUCAGCAUGAUCGACCGCUCGGAGGAAGGCGGGCUGCCGCCGUAUGUCUUCGCCCUCAUGGUCAUCUUCUUCUUGCAGCAGCGCAAAGAGUCCCUCUUGCCUGCCUACCUGAAACAAGAGAUUAAGGCGUUUUCACUCAGUAGGCUGUCGGACUUCAAUCUCACGCACACGGAGGACGGACACGUGCACUGGGCCUACACCUCUCCCUCCAAAGAACAGCCAGCAGAGGGCUCCUGUAUAAAGGGAAAGGUUCUGUUGGCGUUCCAGAGCCCUCACCCGCCUGUGGAAGUUGGGCUUCUCUGGGUGGAGAUGCUCCGCUUCUACUCGCUGGAGUUCAACCUGGCCGACAACGUCAUCGGUGUGCGGACGGGUGCCGUCCUCUCCCGGGAGAUGAAGGACUGGCCAAAGAAGCGCAUCGCCGUGGAGGACCCAUUCGCCGUGAAGAGAAAUGUGGCCCGCACCCUGAACAGCCAGCAAAUGUACGAGUACAUCCUCCACUGUCUCAAAACCACAUACAAGUACUUUGCACUGCCGCUCAACGCGCCCGCCGGCGGCCACAAGGUGAAGGCCCGGCAUGGACCCGCCGGAGGGGCGAACGCUGAGGUUCCCAGCGGAGAGGUGGCAUCUGCCUUAAGCCGGCUCAGCAUCCAGUCACAUCCCGCAGGUCAAUCGGAAGCGGCCGAGAACGGUCCCGAAGACUCCGAUUGCAUUAUCGAGGAAGAGGAGGAGGUCGAAGAGUACAGCGACUCGGACGAGGAACGGGAGAAGGAGAAAGCGGACCCGGGAAAAAGCAGCCUCUCCGAGGACGAGGAGGAUGACGCCGAGCACAACAGGCAACACUUGGACAGCUUCACCACAGAGGAUGAGGAGAUCUUCCUAGUGGACGAGAUCUCCGGGGAGGAGCUCCUUUCUGACGAGGAGGGUCCAGAUUUGGACACGCCUGGUUCGAUGGAUGACGUAGAGGAGGAGGAGGAGAUGGAGUUGGCACCUGAGAGUCUCGCAUCGCCACACUUGGAGAACACAAUUGAGGAGAAAAGCUCUGAAACUAAAAACCAACAACUGAAGAGACGGUCUUAUACGUUCACGAGGCAAGCGUUCACCAGAGGAAAGUCACACAUGGUCGUGUGCAGCUUGUGCAAGCGAGAUGGCCACCUGAAGAAAGACUGUCCAGAGGAUUUCAAGAAAGUGCAGCUGGAGCCUUUGCCCCCGAUAACGCAAGAGUUCCUUUGUGUCCUCGACAAAGUCUGCGAGCAGUGCUACACUGACUUCGCCCCAGAUGAACUGGAAGUGGGUGUAAGAGAGCACAUCCUUCAAGACCUGGAGACCUUUGUCAGACGACAGUUUGCUGGAGCUCGGCUGCAACUGUUUGGAUCAUCCAAAAAUGGCUUUGGGUUCAGACAGAGUGACCUAGACAUCUGUAUGGUGCUGGAGGGGCAGGACAGCAUAGAAGAUGUUGACUGCAUCAUUGAAAGCUUGGCGAGAACGCUGAGGAAACACCAAGGUCUGAAGAACAUCCUUCCCAUCACGACAGCGAAAGUACCGAUUGUGAAAUUCUACCACGUUCGCACCGGCCUGGAGGGAGACAUUAGCCUCUACAACACUCUGGCCCUGCAUAACACGCAUCUGCUCGCUUUGUAUGCCGCCAUUGACAGAAGAGUGAAGAUCCUCUGUUACGUCAUGAAGGUUUUUGCCAAGAUCUGCGACAUUGGGGAUGCUUCCCGUGGCAGCCUCUCGUCUUACGCCUACACCCUCAUGGUGCUGUUCUUUCUCCAGCAGAGAGACCCACCAGUUAUCCCUGUGCUGCAAGAGAUUUACGAUGGAAAGAAGAAGCCGGAGGUGCUGGUUGAUGGCUGGAAUGUGUACUUCUUUGACGAUUUAAAAGCACUACCAAGCCGCUGGCCGCAGCACGGGAAGAACGUGGAGACAGUGGGGGAGCUGUGGCUCGGCCUGCUCCGCUUUUACACCGAGGACUUUGACUUCAGAGAGCAUGUCAUCUGUCUCCGUCAGCACGGCCGCCUCACCACCUUCAACAAGCAGUGGACGUCCAAAUACAUCGUCAUUGAAGAUCCGUUUGACUUGAAUCAUAACCUUGGUGCUGGUCUGUCCAGGAAAAUGACUAACUUCAUCAUGAAGGCUUUCAUCAACGGCAGAACCGUGUGUGGCACACCAGUCAAAGCCUUUUCUCCCGUCUACCCCUCUCAGAUGGAGUAUUUCUUUGACCCUGAAGUCCUCACGGAGGGAGAGGUUGCUCCCAAUGACCGCUGCUGCCGCAUCUGUGGCAAGAUUGGCCACUUCAUGAAGGACUGCCCCAUGCGUAAGAAGUACAAAAACAGACGGGACUCUGAGAAAAGGCCAGAACACAUGGGAGAGGACGGCAGACACCAGAACGAGCCCUGGAGAAAACGGGAUUCACAGGAGGUGCGCUGCUGCUACCUGUGUGGAUCAAGUGCCCACAUCAAGAGAGACUGUCCGCUGUACCGAAGCCCCGCAGGUAACAUGAGGAUGGAUGGCUUUGCUUCCACCUCUUCCGCUCACGGAAGGAAUUUGAGAGAGCGACCGGGUUCACCGAUGCGAGAAAAGAGAAAGCAACAAAAUGUGAUACUAAGUCCACAAUCGGGUAGUUUAGCCUGCCGAAACAUGGAUCGCUCUGGUCACAGGAAGAGCCCGGUGGAAUGAGCAGCGGGGCAGCCGUGGCCACGCAAACCACGUGGUUCUCCUCUUGUCCAGGCAGACAGCGACCCAAAGUCCAGAAACCAUUUAUCUGAAUGGAACGGUUGGGCAAAUGGGAGCCUGUUAAAAGCCAAAGCCAGGACGCCUUGACUUGAAGCCAAAUAGGGCCUUUUUAUGUGUGUGUUUUUUUCUUUUCCUUUUAAAGCGCUCCUCCUAAGAGGAGCUUUUUAAUGAGUUCAUUUUAAAAAGAGAAGCCAUUUUGCAUGCACCAUGUCUUUGUUUACCUACACUGCCAGUCAAGUUCUCUUUUUUUAUAUACGUUUAAAACAAUGGCAUCGUAGUGAAAUUUCUUGAAUUGGAAAAUGGAAGUGUCUAACGUGACUAAUAGUUAAUGGCUUCAGUCUUUUGCGGACAACAUUUUAUACAUUUGUGUAUGGCGUGUUGUCUGCUACUUAAAGUGAUUUUAAGGUCAGUUAUUCGAGAUGAAGGCCAUUUUAUCAGUUCACUUUUAUGGAUAUAUUUUCCUGUUUCAUUAAUGUUAACAUAAAAAAAAUACUAGAGGUUAAACGUUUGAAUGGCAGUGUAUGUAAUCGCCAGGAUCUUUUUAUUUAAAAAAAAAAAAAAAAAAAAUUGCAUUUCUUUUAAAUCCUGUGUUAUUUGUCCUCCACACUGACGUCCGUCUGUCUUCAGCCUCGAAUGCAGCUCUGCCCACAGUCUGUCUCUGUGUUAGAGAAACCAACCUGUAGAUGUAUAUAUAUUUUUGUUUUUCUGGGUCGUACUUUGAUGUUGUUGAGACAGCUUAUCCACCCCUGUUUCAUAGACAACUUGCCCCUCAAUUGCCUGUGUGUGAACCGAAGCCCCGUGAGACUUCCUCUGCUAACCCGCACGCGCUAGGAAAUGUUGCGACAUAUAGUUGAAAGUUGAACAAGAGUUUCAUGCUUACUGGUUUUAAAAAAAUGUUUUAUUAUGACCCCCCCAUAUAACUGUUUCAGCUGACGGUGUACUCCACUGUGCUCACUUUUUCCUAAACUAGAGUUCAUCUCAGUUGAUUUGGUUAAGAGAUAAACGUAUUUAUUUUUCACAAAAAAGGCUUCAUGUUGUCGUCAUGGCGCCACAGAUUGGUAGCUGCACUGUGCGAGGGUACACGCACAGUGCAGACUGAUGUCGCUGCUAGUUAAGGUCUCAUAUGCUUAUAUUCAAAUGCGAAGAUGGACUGUGUGGCUGUCAUAAUUUGGCUGACUUGUAUUCAAAGAAAUGUUUCGUUGGCGGUAUUGUAACCAAAUUUCUCAUUUUUAAAAGUUUCCUUCGUAGGACUCAAAUGUGAGGUUCAGUUUGUUAUUGAGGUGUGCGUGCCCCCCCCCCCCCCCCCCCCAUCCCAGGAAAAGUUGUCUUGCAAUCCAUUUUGUGUCUCAAUUAAUUAAACAGAAAUCAAAUCCUA